AUGAAGAAAACGCUCAAGUUUUUGCAUUGGCUCUGCUUAGAAGAAAAUACAGACUGGUUACAGGUGUUCUUCUGGGAUCUCACUCCUUGGGGAACGUCUACAAGAAGGGAGACCGGCGACGACAACAGAGGCCGUAUAGAGUCUGGUUUCGAGACAGUAGCGGACUUUCUGAUGAAGGCAGCUCAUAUAACAAGAACCGAGUCGAAGCAUUUGCUUUACAGUAUGAGAUGCAUACUUCUAGCUAGCAGAGAUAUAGCAACUGCUCAACAAGUAGCCAACGGCGCUCCCGCGCUUGGUCAUGGUGAUACCUUGGACAGUCAAGUACCCAAAACAGUACAAGUGCUUAAUAAUGUUGGGCCAGUUGUACAAAUUUCAGAUGGAGCAUUCUAUGUCUUGGCUGUCACGGAAGAUAGACCUGUUUACUCGUUUGGAGACGAUUCUGACCUUUGUCUUGGUCAUGGAGAUUUCAAGCACAAUCGUGCAGGCUGUCUAGGACACGGUGACCAGAGGUACAAGUCCAUUCCCAAGGUAUGUGCAGGAUGGAUGAAAACUUUUGUUGUAUCUGAAGCCGGUUUGGUCUAUGGGUUCGGGUUGUUGAAUUUUGGCACACUCGGGUUUCAAGGAGGACGAAAUGAAGAAGUGGACCAACCACGAGUCAUUGAGUGUCUCAGAUCACACCAUGUCUUGCAAGUUUGCGAUGGUAUGUCUCACUCCUUGGUGGUCACUCAAAAGGGAAAAUUGCUACAAUUGCUAGGGCUUGGAGAUAAUACAGGUUUUCUACUCGGCCUGCAGACAUACCUAGAUGCUACAGAAAUCGUUCCAAAUUCUUGA